UUCAAAAAAUUUAAAUAUUACUUUUUGGCCCGAGAUAUUGGCUUUUUGAGGCUACUUUAAUAAUUUUAGUAAGUAUAUAAGUAUUUUCUGGAGACGAGCAGUGGUUUACAGUUUUACACUACAAAAGACAGGUCUUAGUUCUAGAUACGUUGUAGUUUCAGGCGAGUUUAUAUCAGCUCGUAGCGAGUUUUCAGUGAGGCCAGACGAAGGAAGAAAUACGUUAAUUUUUUGUUUCUAUAGCAACGUGAUGACGUAUAAUUCCCCUAGCAACCAGCUUGUUCUAAUCAACCGAGGAACCCAACAGUUUACCCCCCAAAUUAAACCCUACAACCAACACGUUACCCCAAUAAACCCCCAGACCGCCUUACCCACCCAGACACCCCCUACAACUUGCCCUAAUCAACUAAACCCAACUAAAACUCCACAAAACUUAGUUUGGAGUCAAAUCCCACAACUCCAACGCCCCCAAAUUAGCCCCAAACCCCAGGGAAAUUACCCCAACCCCAUUUUGAACCCAUACUAUCAACAAAUAUGGCGCCCAGCUCAAACUUAUACGCAACCGAUGACGUAUCAGAGCCCAAUCGUCUCAGCCAACCAGCAGGAGCUGUGUGCAAAACCAAACGACGUCACACCUCUACAAAAAAAUUCGGUCGAACAGAAAUUGGAAGACACGAUUAAGAGACAACGAGAACUUAUCGGAAAACUGGUAACUGCUAUAAUACAUGACCGUUUACGGUCACACAAGCAAAAUCCUACUGGUGACGUCAGCGAUGACGUAGACAAGCUUCUGACGUCACACGAGGACUUGUUACAUGAUAUAUCAUACGAAGCAAUCAGCGCUAUAAGAUUAUACAGAUCAAGAAAAAUAAUCAAUCCUGGAAAUUCUAGAACAAAGAAAACAAAGAGAACAAGAAAGGCGACCUCGGAGAAAAAAUUCCAUCGAAAGCGAAACCGGAAGUGGACGCGUUCCCCGCCAAUAAGUUCGCGACGUCACGCUUCUUCGUCGAAUGUUUCGCAUUCUACAACUGGCUGUGACGUCACAAAAGUAAAACAAUGGCUCAACCGCACCACCACGCGACUAAUUCGUAACAACUCAAUCCAGCGACGCGUUUACGAAGCUGGAGAUGCGUCAUCUUCUGCAAGCCAACAACUUGAUGACGUCAGUGGGAGUGACGUCACGCUAAAUGACUUCAGGAAAAUGAAGUUUCCAGAUAGUCGUUUGUACAGUCUACGGCAAGAGUUUGCACGCCAGCUUAAAUUAUUGAAGGAUGAAUUUGAAAUUGUAGCUUCGUCUACUGAUACAACUGAUGUAAAGCCAACAGCAUCACACCACGGUAAAUGUGAUUCCAAUGAUUGGAAACCUCUGACAUCAUCAGCUAUGACAUCAUCAAGUGAAGAUCUAAACUCGAUGACAUCAUGCAAUGAUGAAAGCCCAGAUGAACUUUUGAACUCUCUUGAAAAGAAAUAUAAACUUAGACAAAGAAGAAAGUUGGUUCCUUGGUCACUAAGAUCAAAACCACUAAGGAAUUGUAGGAAAUUUCGUUGUUCUCAACAUUCAGUCAUUAUGACAUCAGAAUCGGACAGUGAUGAUAUCACAAUAAACAGACCAAGACAUAUCUCAGGAACAAAUGAAAAUUUUCAAGCAAGAGCAAUGAAGAAAAUUAAACACAUGAGAGCUGUGUGGAGAAAAGUCCAAAGUAAAGAGCCACGUUUAACUGAUGUUAAAUAUUUAAGAAAAGACAAAACAACUGGGGUGGAACUUGAAGGGAGUAACCAGGACCCCAGAUUACCUACAGAUGAAAGGGGAGGGGAUUAUUUAAUCGACCGAUUUCUAAAUCUGCCCUCUAAUAAUGUGGGUGAAAACUUUAGUGAACAAGCUGAGGAAAAAUCAGAAGAUGAUUUGGGAAAUUGUAUUGGAGAUGGUGGGAAUGAUGUAGCUGUCAACAUUCAACAAAAUCUUGAGGAGAAUAAAGAAGAAGACACAAAGUCCUCUAAAUCGGAUAUUUUUAAAGAUUCCACUACUCAGAGUGGGACAAAGUUGGAUUUCACAUAUGAUGACAUCACAGCUCCUGAUGUCAUAGAAGAGAUUGUGAUUGAACAAGACAAUGAAUAUGAUAAUGGUCCUUUGUUACCUCGGGACACUUCAACUCCAGAAAAACCUGGUGAAGAAAAAGAUAUGGCAACACUUGAAGAAUUCCCUUGUGAGUUACUGGUCGCUGAUGUGCGGUCAAUCACUGGGAAGACUGAAGUUUCCGAUGAUAAAAAUGAAAAAUUUGAGAAUAUUCCGGCAACACUAAGAGAAAGCAGCGAGAAUAAUAAAAUACCUCAAGGGAGACAGCUGGUGGCAAAGUUUCGACCUUUAAACGAAGAAAAGAGGCAGCCAACGCUUGAAUGCAAUAAAAGCAUGGAUUCCAUCUCUUCUUCUGUUCAUUUGCAAAUUGUGUCCGAUUUUGAAGCAAGUCUUUUGGAGCCUAUCAAAAAAGAAAAUAAGGAAAAGAGCGACAAAAAGAUUUCAAAAAUGGAUGAGCAGCAAGACUGCCCUCUUGUGACCGAAACCCCACUUAGUGAUGAGAAAUCGGAGGAUUUCAACAAAGAAGAAAUCCACGAAGAAUCUGAAGAUAGCCUCACAUCAGUUGAUGAUGAUCCUAACAUAGAUAUUAAAAAUAUAUCAUCAGAAAUAAGUUUAGUGGAAUGGGGACUAGUGCCAAGGAAAGCAAUGGCAAAAGCUAAGGAACGAAUUCAAAAACAACUUCGUGGUUUGGAUUCAAGCUCAACACAAGAAUUAUCCUCCGGUAAAAAAUCCAGCCGCAAGAUGUCACUAAGGAGCUGUGUUGGUUCUGUGUAUAAAGAUUGUGACGAUGUAAAGGAUACCAAGCCACACAUAAGCAGCUCAUCCACACACUCUAGUGGUAAAGAACCCGCUAACGAGCCUGGCAGCGACUCUGAUCUUCCCCCAGUACCCUGGUUAUCUACAAAGACAAAAGAAGAACCUAUGCCAUAGAGAUGCCAUAUGUGUAUAAUUUGCUCUAAAUAUAAAGGUGAUCAUAACCAACAGGUCCAGUAGAUAGCAUAUCUACACGUUUCUAUAUAUGUCUACAUAACAUUGAGUUCUGGGUAAGGUUUUAUGUUGCUUUUAUUAUAAUAUGUGUUUAAUACACACGGAUUGCUGUAAAGGCGCUGAUUUAUUGUAUAUGAUGAUUUAUAUCGUUUAUGACAUUGUAUGCAUUAAAACAAUAUUUUAAACAUCGUUUAUUUGCACUUAACAUAUAUUUUCUAUAUAAACAUUUUAAUGUGUUAGAUAUACACGUGUAUUGUGGUUUUCUAAUAAAUAAAGUUUUUUUGUAAACUGUUUGCAAUGUGGCUUAUGUUAGUUUGGCAGGUAAGGCCAAAUGGAAACGGAUUUAUGCGAAAUUCAAAGGAAUUUUCGCUAAAUUAACCGUGAUGUCCCGAACUCAAAUCAUAAUAUUGACGUCAUACAACCAGCUGACCGAAGAUCAGUCAUCCGUGUUAUUAAAAUGGAUGAGUUGUAGGAUUUUCGGAUGGAAUUAACUCAAUGGACUUAUAGUUGGCCGAGUUAAAGUCGUCUGUUAGUUAUGGGUGAUUUAUUGCAAGAAACUAAAGCAGCGGUGACGCGUAUGGCGCGCGAACGCGAUCAAAAGAAGCGCAGGUCACGUAUUACGUGAAAUAUAAGCACAGUUCUGUGACGCAACAUAACAUUCAUAGGUCAAAACGCGUUAUCAGUCAGAACUCUAUUGUUGCUUAGAUUUAGAAUAUACGUAAUCUGUUUGAUCUCUUGUGUGACCGGGCGUAUAUUUGUAUACACACAAGCUUUACGUUUUUACACGUAGCUAAAUAUAAUAUAUGUAUACACACAUUUGUUGUACUAAAUUUGUUUUUAAAAAUUUUCUAGCUGCAAGUUAUUUCACUUUUUAAGGUUGCCAGUCAAAAUGUAACCAGUUGAUUUGUCUUUUGAUAUCAAAACUGCACAUACAAAGUUAUUGUAAAGAGUUGUCUUGUGAGCUGUGGUUUGAUUCAAUUUGUUUACAUCAAUCAUCGGGUGAUGGAAUCUGUUGAAAGAAUGACGGACACUGAGGUGGAUAAGUCAGUUUCCGAAAACGGUGACGUUUCUAUGGAAACAGACACAGAAUCGGUUG